CCAUGAAGUACAUAUUAUUUGCGAUUUAUAUUAACAGGCGAGUCAAUAGACAUGUCCCUCCGUUCGUCUGUCCAUCUGAUCUCUCAAUUGAAAGACUUUCGGCGCGACUCGGAUCGGAAAACUAUAUCCCAAUUGUCCGUGCUCGGCAUAUCAUUUAAGCACUAUAGGAACAAUCGACUCGAAGAUAAGUUUUAGUGCUAAAAGAAUGCUCAUUCUGCGAAUUUAUUUUUUAAUAGACCUUAGAAUAGCGACUGAUCAUUCCUAUUGGAGCUAUAUGUUUCAGCAAACCGAUUUUUGGAAAUAGGGUAUAUACCAGUUUACUCCACAAACCAUUUGAUAUUUGCUUGCAAGAGUAUUUUAUCGGCAAGCCGAAGACAAGUCUUUCCGUUUGAUAUUUUCUUUCAAUUUUGCAGUCAAUUAUGGUUUAUCACAUGUUGAAUUGUUGCUUGCGAUAAUGUUUACUUAACAAAUAUAAACAUAUGCAGAUUAGCCUCUCUUUAUAAGCCCAUUCACCUGCGUGGCCCACGAACCAAGCGUACACUCAGACGUCACUUGUGGCCCACGUGCUGACCGUGAAAUUCACAGCUGCACCAAGGCAAAGACAGUGCCAAACCAAUGAGAAGAAAUAAUAAGAGUGAAAGAGAGAGAUACCUCAAGGCAAUAUUUGAACCAGGCAUGGCCCAAUGCUCCAGUUGUCAUGCCGCAGGCCCGAAGAGCUCGAGAGCCAUUGAAAUUGUCAAACGCCGCCCGUGAAAAGGCUGCGCCAACCAAAAAAUCGGCUUAGCCGCGUCCAAUUGAAUUUCGGAUCGGUUCACUUGUUGCUCUGCAACGUUUGAAUGUUGGUUGAUAAGAUGCGCAAAAGUAAGAUAAAUAACGGAACACGGCAUCAGGCCAAGCCAAAUAUUGAAGCACUCACACCGUCGAAGGUCUAGCCAGAGAUCGUAUAAAUACUCCGAGUGCCAUCUGGUCAGCUAUCAAACGCUUCGCAGUCAAACAACAGACAACAUGGUGAGUGAACGGGCCAACAGAAGUGCCCCCCAAAGGUGCCCGCCAGUUAAUGGACUUAUUCACGCAGAGAAUCAGCUUCGUCGCACUUGCCGCUUGCGCCUGCUUGGCUCUGGCCGCUGCGGAUGUCUCGCAUCUGUCCAGCAGCUACUUGCCGCCACCCAAGCCGGAACAGGUCGAGCACAUGACCAUUGAGCAGCACGAGCUGCGCGAACUGCCCGAGCAGGUGGACUAUAUGCGCGAGAAUGAGCAGGGCGCCAUGGAGAUUUCGCCCAGCAGCCAGCUGACGCCACCAGCUAUGCCACAACAGGAACAAAUGCCGUCCAUGCGCUACCUGCCGCCAGCUCAGCCCACCAUGCCCACCGUGCCCACCAUGCCCGCCAUGCCAGCCACGCGCUAUUUGCCUCCAGCUCAGCCUAUUCAACGCGCUCAAGCCCAGCCCGAGUCCGAGCCAAUGAUGCAGCCCGAAAUGAUGCCACAGCCAGCCAUGGAGUACACAGCCCCGGCUCAGCCUCAGCCCCAGGCGCAGCCGCAAGCUGCACCCGCCAUGCGUUACCUGCCGCCCGCACAGCAGGCCGACCAGCCGCAGUACAUCUAUGAGCAAUAUCAGGAACAGGAUCAACAGAUGCCCUACAUACUGGACGUGCAGCAGCCCAUGGCCCCAUCCGAUGCCGAGACUCUGGCCUACGAGCCAGAGCCAGCUCACGAGCUGCGCCAGGAUGGCUAUCAUUACAAACAGGCCGCCCAGGAGCAGCGUCUGAGGCAUUAGACGCCCGAAUCCCCAGCUGACUUCAUCCCAAUCAGUCAUCAGAUUGUUAUUAAAUGUUUACUUAGUGCU